CUCUAAUGAUUAUAAUGAUUUUAAUAACUUUAAUGAUUCUGAUAAUUUUAAUAACUCUAACAAUUCUGAUAAUUUUAAUAGCUCUAACGAUUCUGAUAAUUUUAAUAGCUCUAAUAAUUUUAAUAAAUUUACUGAUUAUAACAAUUCUAACAAUUCUGAUAAUUCUGGAGUUAUUAUAUAG